CAAACUACGCCAUCUAUUUUGGCGAGACUUGUAACAUUCCAGACGUGAUGAACCGAUGACGCGUCGUAGAAUGUAAGCCCACUCCUCGAUCGCAGUAUUAGUUUCAACCAGAGCGAAUGCAGUACAUAUGCUCCGUGGUAACUAUUAUUCCGAUUGGUAAUAUACGGACAAUCUCAACAAAUCUCAACAAAAUCGAACAAGAGAAUAUCUUGAGUCUAAGAUGUCUGACUCAACUGUCAAUGAAGCUGUAAAACAGACCGUAGAGGGCGUGACGGAACCUCAAGCAUCAGGAGAACCAGCCAUUGACAUGGAUCCUAAAGAUAAUGACUGGGUGGCUGUCGAUGCAAAGGAUGCAAUACCUGAAGAUAGUACAUCAUCAGAAAACAUUGGGGUAGGUGAAGGAGCAGAUACAGCAAACACUCAAGCAACGGGAGAGGAAGAAGAGAAAGCAGAUGGAGGUCCAGUGGAAAAAGAAGUAGAGAAGGUGGAUGAAGGAACAAUAAACGAUAAGGGUGAAAAUACAAAAGAACAAUUAGAAACAACAGAUGAGAAUGGAGUUCUUGUCGAGCAAGAGAGAAUGAUAAUGGAAGAACAGAAGCAAAGAGGAGAGCAGAAAGGAUUGGAAGAAAUGCAAAAGGAUGAAGAACGCAAGAGACAGGAGGAAGAAAGAAAAAGGGAAGAGGAAGUGAAAAGAGCAGAAGAAGAAAGACAAAUGGAGGAGGAAAGGAAGAGAGUUGAAGAAGAAAUGCAGAGAGAGGAGGAAAGGAAAGAAGAAGAACGAAAAAGAGAAGAGGAAUUAAAAGCAGAAGAGGAAGAAAGAAAGAGAGCGGAAGAGGAAAGGCAGAGAGAGGAGGAAAAGAGAAGGGAGGAAGAAGAAAGAAAAAGAGAGGAAGAAGAAAGAAAAAGAGAGGAAGAAGAAAGAAAAAGAGUGGAGGAAUUGAAGAAAGCAGAAGAGGAAAGACAAAAAGAGGAAGAAAGAAGGAGAGCGGAAGAGGAAAGGCAGAGAGAGGAGGAAAGGAAGAGGGAGGAAGAAGAAAGAAAAAGAGUGGAGGAAUUGAAGAAAGCAGAAGAGGAAAGACAAAAAGAGGAAGAAAGAAGGAGAGCGGAAGAGGAAAGGCAGAGAGAGGAGGAAAGGAAGAGGGAGGAAGAAGAAAGAAAAAGAGUGGAGGAUUUGAAGAAAGCAGAAGAGGAAAAACAAAAAGAGGAAGAAAGGAAGAGAGCGGAAGAGGAAAGGCAGAGAGAGGAGGAAAGGAAAAGAGAGGAAGAAGAAAGAAAAAGAGAGGAAGAAAUGAAAAGAGAGGAAGAAGAAAGAAAAAGAUUGGAGGAUUUGAAGAAAGCAGAAGAGGAAGAAAGGAAGAGAGCGGAAGAGGAAAGAAAAGCAGAGGAGGAGGAAAAGAGAAGGGAGGAAGAAGAAAGAAGGAGAGCGGAAGAGGAAAGGCCGAGAGAUGAAGAAAUAAAAAUGGAGGAAGAAGAAAGGAAAAGAGAUGAGGAAGAAAGAAAAAGAGUGGAUGAUUUGAUGAAAGCAGAAGAAGAAAGACAAGAGGAGGAGAGGAAAAGAGUAGAGGAAGAAAAGCAGAGGGAGGAGGAAAGGAAAAUCGAGGAAGAAAGAAAAGGCGUUGAACAACUGCAAAUGAAAGGUAGCGUUGAAACGGACAAAACAGAAGCCAUAUCGAAAGAUGUUGAAAUUCCUGAAGGUACAGAGCUUACAAGACGUAAGGUAGCUACCGCAGAAUCCCAGGGUAAAACUGAACCCCCAACUUCCCAAAGUACAAGCAAAGAUUCAGCACCAUCAUCAGGUGGAUCCGUUAACAUGGUUAUUGCAAUAGUUGCGAUUUUGGUCAUAAUGUUAGUAAUUAGUUUCUUUAGGUCUCCUACAACACAACCGAAAGUGGAAACACCUGAGGAACCAGUUUCACCUGGCUGUGGGUUUAGAAAGCGAUCGGAACGAGGCGAGGUUCUUUCUAAGAGGAUGGAAUCUCUUGCUAAAAAGUACCCAUCAAUAGAUCAGAGAUCACUGGACACGAUAGCUGGAGCGUCGUUGGCUCACGUCCAUGGUAAAGAGGAGCUGGUGAGACCUGUGGUCUUACUGCUUGUAAGCCAACCAGGACAAACCAAAGCCAAUGAUGUUGCAGAGGAAGUAGCGCGCAUAUAUGCCGAUGUGUACCAAAAUAAAAAGCGUAAAGACAUCGUCAGGAUUGAAGGUGAUCACUUCCAAGACAUUACCGACGACCAGGCGAAGAAAGACAUAGACGCGAGAAUAAAAACUGGAUUGGAUGAAUGUGCUCGUGUGGUAAUCAUCAAGGACCUUGAUGAACUUCCAUCCUGUUCGACCAUUCUAUUCCAUGGAUAUUGUGAUAACGAUAGCGCCCCGUACAAGGAUGCUGUCUUCAUCUUUACCUUGACACUCGAUGAUCCCAUCCCGGAAGACGCCGAUAAAUUGGACACUGAAAAGAUGAUUGAGAAAGAACUUGGGGAACACUGGAUAGCGUGUCCCGAAGAGUUUCCAGAAGACAAAAUUGCAUCGAUGAACAGUCGGGUCGCGAACAACAUUGUAAUGCUUAAGUAGUUAUCUUAAUUAUUAUUGACCUUGUUCAUGCUGU